GUUAUUAUACUUUAAAUAGGACUGUUGUUGGGAUUGUUCAUCCUCGCUCAAUAACAUGUAAUAAAGUGCUUUUAACAAGAACUAAUUGCUGAAUUUGAUACAUUUCUUAUUGACAAGUUUUCCUGCUUUCACUCUCAAGUAUUUAUUAAAUGGAUCAUGCAAAUCGGAGAAAAAUGAUGGCUGAUGACAUGAACUACUAUCAGCGACCUCUAAUGAACACCAAUGGUGAGAUGAUGACAAUGGCAGACAAACGAGAAGUGUAUGAGACAAUGGAUGCAAAUGGCAAUGGAAGACCGAAACCAAAACUUAUGGAGGUGUUUCACCGACAAAAACGAGAUUCCGAUGAUGAAACAGAAAGUUCUGAUUUGGAUUUUGUUUAUGAUGAUACAGACACUCACGUCAAUGAAAUAGCAGAAUUAUACAGCUACACGGAGCAGUAUGAAUUACAACUUAAUCUCCAAGCAUUUGAAGAUUUAAUGGAAAGCUUCCAAUUGAGACCAUGGUGGCAGAAAUUAUCUGUGUCUCAACAAAAAUCAGUAAUAUUAAAAUUAUUAGAUCAAUUGGAAGUAUCUAAUAAAGAUAUGAGGAUGAAAGCUGCUAGAUGUAUACUUUAUUUAGCCCAAGGUUGUUGGAGUGAAGUGCAAUCAGACAGAGAACAACAAGAAUGGACUCGAAAAAAUGUAAUGUUACUCUAUGAAGCUGGUAUUUUUUCAACAUUUGUUGAACUACUAAAUAUUGAAAUUGAAAAUAGUACAGCAGCAAGCUCAGCUAUGAGAAAAUUAGCUGUCAGUUUAGCAGAUUCUGUGGAUCUUCGUAUUAUUUUAUCAGUUUUAUAUAUUAUUACUGAAGUAAUGAGAGAAGAAUUAAAAAAUUUUAAUAACAGUAUUUACAAAAAAAAUGUCCAAAAUUUUAAAGAAGAAUUAAUUCAUCCUUUCAAUGAUGAUUUUUUAAUCAUGAAACUUCUUGGAAUGGUGACAUGUUUUUGUAGUGGUUCUGCACCUCAUUUUCCUAUGAAAAAAGUACUUUUGCUCCUAUGGAAAUUAAUACUUGUAUCAUUAGGUGGAAUUGAUGAAUUACGAAGAUUGAAAAAACAAUAUCGUGAAGAAGCAGGUUUAGAUACCUUACAAGAAGACACAAUCGAAGUUACUCGAACAAUGCGAGCAAGUUCUCCUCCAACAAGUGGAUCUGAUUUAAUUGGCGAACAACCUUAUGUAGCCAAUCGACGUCCAAAAUUUCGUCGUCGAUUAAUGAAACAAAGUUCAUAUGAUGAACUUUAUGAAUUUACCGAAGAUGCUCCAGAAGGAAACUCUAACACUACAGAGAAUGAAGGAGAUAAUGAAAUGAUUGUGUUUAUGGAAGAUUCACGAUUAAUCAAUUAUCCACCAAACAAUGGUGAAGAUCCUAACAAUCAACAGUCACCAAGACCAAGUACACCACAACCGGCAAAAAAUAAAGGUCUACCAUGGACUCCAAAGGUCAGACAAAAAGACGUGGUAGCAUUUUUAGAUACAUCAAGAUUAAAAUUUGUUGGAUAUACACUGGAAAACGACAGCGAAAGCUUGAUUGGAUUACCUCAACCAAUUCAUGAAGGAGUUCAAACAUUGAAACGACACAUGUACACGUCUUUAGCAGAAGUACAAAUACAAAAAGAAGAAGAAAUAGCUCGGAAUCCAUUGACUACUUCUGAAACUCCUUUACGACAAACGCCAACUGAAAUUUUAUAUCAAGCAAUGUUACCUAAUCUUCCACAGUACACAAUUGCACUUUUAAAAAUAUUAUUGGCUGCAGCACCUACCAGUAAAACUAAGACUGAAAGUAUUAAUAUUAUGGCUGAUGUGUUACCAGAAGAAAUGCCAAUGACCGUUUUGCAAUCAAUGAAAUUAGGAAUUGACGUCAAUCGUCAUAAAGAAAUAAUUAAUAAAGCUGUAUCAGCUAUUCUGCUUCUUUUAUUGAAACAUUUAAAAAUCAAUCAUAUUUAUCAAUUUGAAUUUAUAUCUCAACAUUUAGUAUUUGCUAAUUGUAUACCUCUAAUUAUCAAAUUUUUCAAUCAUAAUAUCCUGGCAUAUGUUGAAGCAAAAAAUGUCAUUCCAGUCUUAGACUUUCCAAUAUGUGUAAUAGGAGAUCAACCAGAAUUAACUAUAGAAUCGCUAGAAGUUGGUGACAGUCAAACAUACUCUUGGAGAAAUGUAUUCUCAUGUAUUAAUCUUUUACGCAUUCUUAAUAAGCUGACUAAAUGGAAGAAUAGCAGAAUUAUGAUGUUAGUUGUUUUCAAAUCAGCUCCUAUUUUAAAACGAGCAUUGAAAGUUCGUCAUGCAAUGAUGCAAUUGUAUGUUCUUAAACUUCUUAAAAUGCAAACCAAAUAUCUGGGUAGGCAAUGGCGAAAAACUAAUAUGAAAACAAUUAGUGUAAUCUAUGCUAAAGUUCGACAUCGUUUAAAUGACGACUGGGCUUAUGGAAAUGACGUUGAAGCCAGAUUGUGGGAUUUUCAAGCUGAAGAAUGUGCAUUGAAAGCCUGUGUAGAUCAAUUUAAUAACAGACGCUACUUAAAUGUAAAUAAGGAUGAUCAAUUUGAGCCUAUUGAUACAUCAAUUACAUCAGUACUUGGUGCCAACGUUGAGUUGACAGAAGAAUUUAAACAACACUAUGAAUUAUGGUUGCAGCAAGAAGUUUUUCAAACAAGUAUAGACUGGGAUAAAUUAUUGGAAACUACAAAAACUGAAAUAUAAAUUGAUUUUUAGUCAUUCUCUGUA